UGUUUGUGCUUGUUUACAUGCCAACUGUAGAUAAGAUAAGAUUUCCCCACAUUCAAAAACAAAAUGGAAUGCUAAAAUAGACCUGGCAAGCCGUAGAAACGAGGACAAAGAUAUAUUAUCUGCGUUGUUCCACUUCUAACAUUCAGGAGACGAAAGUGCGGUGCAAGAGGGCAAGGCUGGUUGUAGUCGCGGUCCGAGUAAGGUAAAUAUUGUGCCACUAGGUAUGGGCGUUUUCGAGUUACAGUACUGUACAUACUUGUCUCAAAAAGGUAACCAACACCUUUGCACGAAUGCUGAAUGUUAAUAUCCUGGGUGCUAGCAGUGCCCUCUAGGAUAUAUGAUUCAGAAAACUGACUGGCCUAUCUUCGCUUUUCUCCUUUUAUUACGGCUGAGAGCGUCCUUAGUUCUUGAAACUCAGAAUGGACUCGGAAGAUGAGAGGGAGUUAGCAAAAGAUCAUUGGGAAGACGGUUUAUCUGGUGUUGAGAUGCGUUUCCACCAAAGGGAUCAACAUGACUGCCGAAGAAGUGUUGUCCCAAUCGCGAGCCAUGGUUUGGAGUCGAAGGAUGAUGUUCCCCGGACCAUCCUAAGUACCAUCAAGAGUUAUCGAAUUAUGCGUUUCUUUGAGACUGUGGAAGGCUUUCAUACAGGUUCUUUGGAUCUAACGGGUCGACAUCAACGGCGAUAUGAUUCCAUCAUCCUGCGUUGGAAUGAUUUUUCUUCAGACCUUGAAGAAUUGUUGCGGGACGCAAAGUCAUCUUUGACUCCUAGGGAAAUCGGAGUUAGAGACAGUAAAGAAGUCUUGGAAACAGAAAUGAAACCAGCGGCCCCCCAAAAUUGGGACCAGUUUCUGGCCAAGUGGCUCGCUCAUGAUUCCUUUUCAUUGCAUAAUUUCUCUGCUUGGAGAGAUCGUGUAAUAGACUGCUUCACACAAAAUCCUACUCCCAGGUUCCAGACGUUGUGCCUCCAUGAUCUGCCUCCAGAACUUCUCCAUAAUAUCGUAGAAAUCGCUGGCAUUGACUUGGCAAGAAAGCUGGGUACUACGUGUCGCUUGCUAAGAGAGAUAUCUUUCUCAUACAUGUUCAAGGAUCACCGCUUUCAUCUGUCUUGCGGAAUUCAAUGGCAUCACUACCACUCUCUACGUUCGUUCGAUGCACUGGCGACAUACUUGGACCCCCUGAUUACCCAGGCGCGAUCGAAACUCCUAAGCGAUAUCGACUUUGUUAAGUCGCGUCCAGAUAUCCUUAUAGCAUUGCAUAACGUUUACGUGGAUGACGAGUGGCAAGUACACAGGACAUGGACGAGAACCAGUGUUGCUGGAAAUGAUGAGAAUCGACGUUCCUUCUGCGCCCCGGUAUACAGCGGGAUCAGUAACCUUAUCGUAUGCCUUCCAAAUCUACAGUCCUUGACAUUGCAACACUGGCACAUCACAAAAGAGCUGACACAAAGCCUUGGGUGUCUCGAGCGACUUCGUACUUUGACGUUGUCCUCAUGUACUCCAACAUUGCGCUGCCCCUAUACUAUUGCGAAGCUUCCCUCGCUCCUAAACUUCCGGCUCAUGUACACCAAGGAACAGCGCGGCUCCUGGCUUUUCCUCGGAAUGUGCCCGAAUAUCAAGAACCUGUUCAUCCUGUCACCAAGUUGCGAUCGAGAUGAACCAGGCUUGAUAAUGCCUCCCCCUGAACUCAUGGCAGCCUUCACUCCUUUCAAAACGCUCCAAAGAUUUAGUAUGUUGCAGGUCCCACCAGGUUGGAUUCCAAGGCUCAACGCCUGGAUACAAUCCGCUCGUGAUGGCAACGAGUCCACGGUACUCCGGCUCACGCAUUUUAAAUUGGAGACAAGUGGUGGCUUGCAUCGACAGAACCUUUUCACGCUCCUCGAUGUGUUAAACGGCUCGUCUAUACGUUUCUUGGUCUUAGAUGGCCUUCGGUACGCAGCACCUGAUAUCCUCGACCGAAUCGCCAGCGCGUUACCCCAAGUUGAAUACUUGACGCUUUGCUACAGAGAAAGUGACAUAGAGUAUCGUACGAAGGAAACCCCUUGGCCAUUUGCCGCCUGGGAAUAUGCUCCGCAUUUUGCCAAUUUCACUCGUCUUCGUCGGUUUUCAUGGAAUUACAAGACGAAUGUCGAUGAAUACGGACCUUCAGCACUUCGUUUUUUUGAAGAAGGAUUUCCAGAAGAGCAACAAGUGGGCCGCAGAGAUGCUGACCAUUUGUGCGAGCCAGAGAGUAUUGCCAAGCGUUUCUCAACGUUUUGCCCGUCCCUUGCAAGUAUUGCUUUCGAAUCCCCAUUGGGAGGAAUACGCAAAGAUGUUCGCGAGGACGGACAAUUCCCUCUUGUGACCAACGUGAGCAGCGAGACUGCACUCUCCCAGAUGUGCAAUCCGCUUCACAUGCCUUGGCCAUCGUGUACAGCGGCUUCUACAUAGAUCCAUCCUUCAAGCGCAUACCCGGAACACAUUUCAAGGCAGUGUAUGGUUGCUUCAAAUUAUAACGUGUUGUACUUGGUAAAAUUGUAAUCAUAACUUCUGUCGUAAUAUACACCUUCCCGCACCCAUGUCUUCAGCCAUUGUGGAACCUAUUCUGGCGGGCAACAAUGCUAUUAACGAUGAUAAUUCACUUGAGCUUGAGCGUGAUGAUUUUGUAAAUCACGUCGCGUAGCCAAACAACCCCACUUUAGGCCAAAAUCUUAACUUAUAUCGAUGCACUAGAAUCUUGCAAAUAUGAUCCAGUAAUUGGUUUUGCGAACGUGAAGAGGAGUGACGUACGGAGCGAUCCCAGUCAAGAGGUAGGAAAUUCGGUACAUACAAUGUGACGUAUCAUGAUUUGAGCCAGGUUUAUAACGUGCCUAAGAAUAAUAUUUUUUUUUGCGC